ACAUUCUCUGAGUGUAUGAAAGCUUCUAAGAAUGAGAUCGAAGUGUUCUUUCCAAACAAGAAUGUGUGGAAGGAUUUCGUCGGGAAGGAGGAGAAGGAAGAACCAGCUGGAGAUCAGGGGUGGAAGACUGCCAAUAGAGAGGAAGCUUCGGCAGCUUCAGAGACUGAUUCCUGGCUGCGGCCAUGGAAUAGGGGGUGUCGAGAACUUGCUCCAGAGAACUGAAGAGUAUCUGUUCUUGUUACGUCUUAAACUCAGUUUGCUCCGCAUAUUAUCCACUUGCUAUGGAGUCUAAUAACCAUUUCUGGGUUUGAUUUGUAGUUAAUCAAACUCUAUGCUACCUUAUAUUUGUGUACGUAUCAAGGGGACGAUUAUGCAAACCAUCCUCUCCCUUCCUUUCCUUCCUACCCCAGCUACCGCGUGCGGUUUCGCCUAGUUUAGUAGAAUGGUAGAUGUAUCCAUAAGCUAUAUGUUGGGGUGUCCCUUUUUUUUCUUUUUUCUUUUUUCUUUUUUUUCAUAUCUCAAAUAAUAAGUUAUAAAAUAAAAAAUAAUUGUUUUU